UUCAAAAUGGCUCUGCUGCAGAGACAGCAGAAGUAGGAGAGAGAUUUGAUGUAUGGUUUUUUCCUGUUAUUGUGAUGAUGUACAGCGUAGUUACUUGUCCUCUGGCUUAUAUAUUUAUUUUAUUAUGUGCCUUUUCGAGUCCUGCCGAAUCUGCAAAAAGCGAUAUUGAACUAGAUGCCAAAGCACAGCAUAACCAUCAGAUUGACAGCUUAAAUUUACUUUUGUAUACAUUCUUACUUACUCUGACAGUGUUAACCAUAUGGCUGUUCAAACACAGAAGAUUUCGAUUUAUCCACGAGACUGGACUAGCUGUGAUUUAUGGCCUUAUUGUGGGAGCUCUUAUACGAUAUGCUGGAAAUGCCAGUUCUGUUGUACACAUGACUGUUGUACCUGAGAAAGACAAAUAUAAUCUGUCUUUGCCUCCGGAUUCCUUAUGGCUACGUUUUCCAAACAAAGGAGGGUCACCAAAUGUUCCAAACAAGACGUAUGCCUAUACAUUCAGAGGAGAAAUUGAUGUUGAUGACAGUGAAAUUGAACUUAAGGCUACAUUUGAUCCAGAAAUAUUUUUCAAUAUUAUAUUACCACCAAUCAUUUUUCAUGCUGGUUAUAGCUUGAAAAGGAAAUACUUCUUUCGGAACCUUGGGGCUAUUUUGACUUACGCACUGAUUGGCACAACACUGUCAUCGUUUGCUGUGGGUGCUUUGAUGUAUGGUUUCAUCCAGUUGCGACCCUAUCUGAAGUCAAGUUUCACGUUUUUGGAUACUUUAUACUUUGGUGCCCUCAUUUCUCCAACAGAUCCUUUGACAAUAUUAGCCAUUUUCAACGACCUUCAUGUUGAUGUCAAUUUGUAUGCACUUGUUUUUGGUGAAAGUGUCCUAAAUGAUGCAGUUGCUAUUGUUUUAAGCGGAGCUAUACAAAAUUAUGGAGAAAGGUACCAAUCAGGAUCAGGAGGUUUUGAAACUGAUGCAUUCUUUAGAGCAUUGGGGGAUUUCUUCGUGAUUUUCAGUUUAUCUCUCCUGAUUGGAACUGUCAUGGGAUGCAUUACAGCCUUGAUGACCAAGUUCACGAGAGUGAGGGAUUUUCCUCUCCUGGAAUCAGCUUUGUUUGUGCUGAUGUCAUACAGCACGUUUCUUAUCGCAGAGGCAUCUGACCUCACAGGUAUUGUGGCUGUCCUGUUUUGUGGAAUCUGUCAAGCACAUUAUACCUACAACAAUUUGUCCGUAGACUCUCGAACAAGGACAAAGAAGUUGUUUGAACUGCUCAACUUUCUUGCUGAAAAUUUUAUAUUUGUAUACAUAGGUGUUUCUAUGUUCACAUUCCCAAAACACCAUUUUGAUCCUGGAUUCAUCAUUGUGGGAUUUCUAUGUGCAAUGGUGGGUCGUGCAGUAAACAUUUAUCCUCUGUCAUUCCUUUUAAAUCUAGGCAGGAAACCAAAGAUCGCAUAUAACUUUCAGCAUAUGUUGUUUUUUGCGGGUCUGAGGGGAGCUAUGUCUUUCGCAUUGGCCAUCCGAAAUACUGUGUCAGAUGCAAGGCAAGCCAUGUUGACAACUACUUCACUGAUAGUUAUCAUCACAGUAAUAGUGCAAGGUGGUGCAACAAUGCAAUUGUUGACGUGGUUCAGGAUACCUGUCGGGGUGGAAGAAGAAGUAGAAAUGCUUCCCUAUACAGGAGUUAGAAAUGUAUACAAUUCAAUGGGGACAACAUUGAGGGAGGACACAUCAGAGCAGCCUCGUGAGAGCAACAAAGUCAAUGAAAAAGCUUGGCUUGCUCGUAUUUGGGGGAACUUUGAUGUAAGAUACAUGAAACCAUUGUUGACACAUGCACGUCCCACACUAUUGGAAACCCUUCCUGUAUGCUGUAAUCCUCUCGCAAGAGUUUUGACAACAACUGAGCAAAUGACACAGGAUAAUCGUUCCAGAUCACAAAUGGAUUCUGAUUCCGAUUUGUGUAUAGAUGACAAUGAUGUCAGUUACACAAAUCACCGUCGAUCCAGUGGUGCGAGAAGUGACAGUGUGACAAUAUCUGGUGAUUUAGGCCUUGGCAGUCGUGUAGUGGACACACGUGUUCGAAUCCCUGGACCUGGUGGAAAUAAUAUUUAAUCUGAUUAGGAAGUAUCAGGAAGGCUGUGAAAUAAGAAGAACACAACAGUAUUGUUUUGUGAUUAUUCCUAGAAUAUAAAAUGUGUGUAUCCUGCGUGAAGUUCUUUAAGCAAAGACCAAACAGACAUGUUAGACACAGUUCACUGCACUAUAAUUUUGCCUUCAACUGUGCUUGAUAUCAGUUCAGAAGUGUUUCAUAACAUGUUCUGUAAACAACUGCAUGUGAAAUGUUGCCUCACUCUCAUUUGUUAGGGAAAUUUGUGUACUUGCAGCUUGUGGUUAAUGCUGUUAUACUUGGCAACUGAAUUUGCACACUGUUGCUCAUGUAGCUCAGUACAAGAAUCAUUUAAGAACUCUAAAACAUUUAUCACACAAUUUACUGGAAACAAAAUUAAUAUAAUUCAAAAGUGUUAAAGUUUGUUUUACUAAAAUAUUCUUCUUUAUUAUGAACACAUUUUUAUCACUUGUAAUUAAAAAUAUCUAUUAACCAUACUUUACUCUGUGUUGUCAGCUAAUGUUUGUUAUAACAGACAUUAAAAUAUGAAAAAUAUGUCAGGCAGCAAAAUAGAAAGAAAACUCUGAGUCAUUCGAAAAUACAUUCUUAUUAAAGCAUUGAUUCUGGUGGGGUUUUGUCAUCUGCAAUGUGGUAUGUGCAAAGAAAGUAGCAGGAAGUUUCUUCGUGAAUAUUUAAUGACUUUGGAAAUAUAUGACAGUUGUGCUGGAACAGAAAAACAUAAUUUCGGCUGUAAUACUGCAUUAAGUCUUCUUUUUUCAUUUGUGAAGGUGUAAUAUAAAUCCUAAAUUGGAUGUAAGUCAGUAUUAAAGGCUGAUUUAAUUUUCUUAUCUAUUACUCUCAUUGAGGAGACGUUUUAUAUACUUCACUGUACUAGCAGAAAGAGGCUGCAUGCAGCUCACUCAUGUCAUAAUAGAUGAAUAAUGCCAAAGUUUAUUUUAUUUAUUUAUUUACUUUUUUUUCCGUACUGUAGUUUUCAUCACCAGCAGUUUUAAUUUACAUUAGAAGUGUUCUUAAAUUUUCAUUCAAAUUUUUCAAUUGUCCUCUGCUUCCAUUUAGCAGUGCGACCAUUAUUUGCAGCAACCAAAUAUUUUUCUCCUUUAGUAAAACUAAUAUUUUAUUGGUACAGUUUACAGUUUAUUUCAGUAUACAACCAGUUUAUAAUAAUAGAUUCCUUGUAGACAUAGAAAUAAAUAUAAUGUCAGAGAGGCAGGUUGUCUUGUGACUUCGGAUUCAGAGUGGACCAUCACAGCUUAAUGCACAGAACAUCUGGAAUCUGAUCCUUUACAGGAGCUAUUACAUUCUUUAUUUAGGAUAAGUUUCUCUGAACUAUUCAUAAUCAUAGAUGAGACAGGUUUCUGUGCAUGUUUAUAUCUUCAACUUUUCAUUUGAGGUUACCACUGCAGAUUUAUUGAACACUUUGUACUUCUGUUAACAGAAGUUUUUACUUCUCAAAGUCAAGUUGUCAGUUUAACACUUCUGUUAUAGCAAAAUUAAAUUAUUCCUAAUAGUUAUUCAGCUGCAAUUAGAAAACUACAAUAGGGAUCUCUUUACAGAUUUUCUGUAAAUGUACCUGGUUUCUUAUAUAAAAUUGUGCUGAUUUGCUGUUUGAUAAUGAAAUAAAAUUGAGAGUAAAAUAAGUGAACCAUUAGUAUACAGUUCUGUUCCAAUGGGAAAGACUAAGCACAGCACACAGGUAACUGCUCACUAGUGCUGAACUGUUAUUCUUGAGAUAACCAUCUAUGCACACAUUUAUCAAUAUAAGAUGAAAAAAAUAGUAUAGAUAAGUGUAAAGAUGAGUGCCAAGAACUAUAGUGUUUAAAGAGAAUUUUUUUUAACUAAGAUGCCAGUGUAUUGUCUUUCAGAUGCAUUAUAAUUAAUACUUUAAAAUUCCAAUUAUUUCUGCUGUCUACCAGUUGAUAAGUGUGGCUAUCAUCUUACAUAAUUUUUUAAAUAGCUUUGGUAAGGUUUAUAAAUUAUUGAAAAUUGUGGAAAUAUAAUUUAAACUUAGUAAUUAUUAAACUUGUUUUCCUUAAAUUGAGGUCUCUAAUGUAGCAGGAAAAUACCAUAUUGUCACUAAUUACAGAUAUCACUUGCAGUUGGUUUUCCAUGAUUGGUAUGCGAAAAUAUGAGGGGAAAUAAUAUAACAAUAUUAUCAUGCAACAAUUAUUGCACAAUUCUUGAUAAUUUGAUAACCAUUUGUUCAGUGCUACAAAUAUAUAAUGUAAGGAGUCACAAAAGCUAUUUUCUGUAUAUUAGCACUUUAAGUGGCAAAAAGUUUUUUUUUUCUUCAGAAGAACAAUAAAAUACAUGUCAGUAUGUACUCUUUGGGAAUAGUAGUGAAUAAUCCAGCCCAAUUUAUUGCGUAUUUUUAAGUCUGCUGUUGUGUAUGGGGUGAUAAAAUAUUCAUCAGUGAAUCAGAAAAAAAUUAUGCAUGGUAAUUCCAGUUAUUUACCAGUGGUGUACAUAUAUUUGCCAUUGUCACUUAAAGGGUUAACUCAGUUUCUUUCACAUUUAUAUUAAAAUACAAUAUUACAUGGCACAUACAUCAACAGUACUUUUAACCAGGACAUGUCUGUUUAUAUUUUAACCUACUACAAUACUAAAAGUUAUUUCAACUUAGAGAUUUGUUUACACAGGUAAUACAUGUAUUGUACAUUUGGUACUUUGCAGCUUAUAUAAAAAGUAAGUAUGUACUAUUAACAAGUAAUUGUUUGAUGUAAGCUGCUUGUUGGAAGUAGUUUAUUUUAUUGGACUAGUCUCAUUAUAUGUAUGUGAUUUUUCAUAUCAUUAU